UAUGUGGACUUGAGAGACCUACUGUAUAUAUUGAAAUUUUAACAAAAAAUGAUUUUAAGGUUUAGUAUUAUCAAUAAUUUUAAUUUAUAUUUAUUAUUAAAAUUUAACAACAAUCAGUAUUGAACGUAGUUAAAAUGUUAGUGUAAGAAAGAUAAACACCUGGAUUUUAUUCGUACCAAAUCAAUAUUGAUAAUUAAUAUGAAAAACAUGAAAGAUUUUAAAUCUAAGUUCGAACUUCUCAACUCGCAGCAAUAUCCAGAAGAAAUAAUUUGGUCUAGUGAUUCUAGUGAUUAUGAAAACACUUUCUUUGAAGGUUCAAAAAGUGCGAAACUAUGUCACAGAAAGAGGAAGAGAAAAUCCAAUAGUAACUUUUUUACUAAUAUUCCUAAUCUAGACGUAACAAUCUCAGAUUCUUCGCAAGAACAAACUAUAUCUAAUUGUAGAAAAUCUCCUGUUUUAAUACCAAAAAGAUUAAUUACUGAUUUCGGUGUUAAGCCAGUUCCAAAUGACCAAUAUAUAUCAUCUAAAAUUAAAGCAACUACAACAGUACCCACUUCAAGUAUGAAAAGCCAAAGAAAUGAAUCUAAAAGUCCUGUGUUGAGUCCAAAAGUAUCCAAAAAACUACUUGAAACAAAUUGUGCCGUUAGAAAAAGAAGUCCUUCACCUGUUUUAAAUACUAAUCAUUGCAAAUUAAUAAAAAUUCAACAUGGAAACUUUAGUACAAGAAAUGAUGUAACAAAAAGUGAACUUAAAUGUCAUAAAGACAUAAUAAGAGAUGAAUUUUGUGCUGUUAAUAAAAAUGUAGACAUCAUCAAAAAGGUCAAAACUUAUUUUUCUAAUUCUUGCUCCCAAUCUUCAAAUCAUUCUAUUGUUGAAUAUGAUUCAAGCCCCAGAGAAAGCUUAAAAACUAGUGAAGAACUUGAAAUUGCUGAAUUAUCACAACCUUUGCAAAUGAAUAAAGAAAUUUUGUCUAUGUCAAGUAUGAACUCAGAUUAUAGAUUAGAUAAAUCAAAGAGAAUGCGAUACAAAAGAGAUGGGCUUGCAUAUAGGCUCAGUGUAUUAUUAAAAAAACAAAAUGCUAGUGUAUCUCUAUGGCAGCAUGAAAGAUAUCUAGCAGAGAAUUCCAAUUUUAUUAUACCAAGAGGACACUUUUUAAAUUUAAGAAUAAGAAAAUUUGAAUUUAAAUUUGGAAUUGUUUCACUAGACUCAGUUGACUCCAAUAAUGAAGAAUAUUUAGUUAUAAUUAAUAGUGAUUAUGUAAAGAACAAUUGUAUUAAGCCUAAUUGUGUAUUAAAACUGUAUGAACCAUAUAAAAUUGUAGAGACCAAAAAUUGUAAACUAAUAUUAAAUGUGUGCAAAUUUGAUUGUACAUCAUUGAAAAUAUAAAUAUAUGAAGUCAUUAAUAAAGAUUUAAAUCAUU